UUUAAUCUAUGGAGUAGUUUAGGAAAAGAAAGACAGAGGCCUAGUACAUUGGUACCUUGCACAGCAAUUUGCAAGUCGUGAUUUAUAGUGAAAGGGCUACUUUCUCGAAGUGAAAAACUGGUUUUAAGAGUGUAGUACACAAUUAACGAUGUCGGAGCCACGGAAAAACCGUCUCUCGAUUGAUGGAGGGCAAGUGAAAGAGGAUGAACACGUUGCAACCUACAAGGCUAUACCAGAAUCUGAUACAGAAUUCCGGUCGUCCAAAACGAACCUCGGCAAAUCGAAGGAGAAGAUAUCUGCCGACGGCGCCGAGGAGAAACUAUUGAAGAAGGAAGACGAGGCCAAAAUCAUAACCCGUGUGGACAUGUCCGAUGCGAAAUAUGUCGUCGGGGACCACAGGAAUGGUGACGCGAAGAUUGAACUCGAUGCUAAUAAACGGCAAUUCACUGGGAUGACGAGAGAGGAGGUACUGAAGUAUGCUGACGAUCCUUUCUGGGUGAACUUGCGUUGGUCGCUGUUCGUGUUGUUCUGGGUGGCCUGGCUGUGCAUGCUCGCCGGGGCUAUUGCAGUCAUUGUACGCGCACCCAAGUGCGGCCCGCCCGAACCCAGGACAUGGUACGAACUCGGUCCCCUGGUCGGACUGGAGUUGGUCGAUGCCGUCGAACCACAAGAUUUACAACAGGAUUUGGAACUGCUGAAGACAUUCAAAGUUCAGGGCGUGUUCGUCCAAGUGCCGACUUACGAAGUGCUCGACAAACGUGACACACUGGACGAAUUCAAAAUUCUGUUCAACAAAAUUAAGAAGAUCGGAAUAAGAGUGAUUGUUGAUUUGAUCCCGAACUACGUGUUCACCAACCAUACCUGGUUCGUACAGAGUGAGAACAGCACUGAGCCCUACACUGAUUAUUUCAUCUGGACCAAGGAACAACCUGCUAAUUGGGUUUCAAAAAUCAACACGCCAGCGUUUACACGAAGUGAUAAACGUCAGAUGUUCUACCUGCAUCAGUUCUGUGACAACUGCGCUGAUCUUAAUUUCGAUAAUCCUAAAGUUGUUGAGAAGUUCGACAUGGUCCUGAAGGCCUGGAUGGGUGCCGGCGCUAGUGGAGUCAGAUUGAAUAACGCGCGUCACUUGCUCGUCGAAUUGCUUGAGGAGAAGACGCGCGUCGGUCGCGGCAGUAGCGUGGACGCGGAUCACAUGCGGUACGACUUCUGGGAGCACAAGCACACCACCGACCUGCCGAAGCUCAAGGAGCUCUUGGCUCGCUGGUCGAAGAUCGUCACCAAAGAAUCAGAGCCGACGGUGUUCACGCUGAAGGAAGAUGGCUCCCUGCCGGACCUGAUACUGCUGAACCACAACGUGUCGAUGCUGCGGCCGCCGUCCGCCGCGCCCGUGCCCGUCACGGAGGACGCAGACGCGCUCGCCUCUAGAAUAAACAAAACUCUUGGCUCUUGGCCUAUUCUUCAGUUGACGGAUACGAAUGACGAUCGUGAAUUAGCAUCGUUUGCUAUGCUUCUACCGGCAGCACCUUUGUUGAAUAUAAAACAACUUUCAGCUGACGAAAACGACACCUCUCUUUUAGAUCUGGUGAACCUCCGCAGCGACGCGUCGCUGUCGCACGGCGAGCACCACGUGGCGGCCGCGCCCGCGCGUAACGCCAGCGAGAACGGACUCAUCGUUUGUGCAAGAUGGAAAGAGGGUCACACCGGUUACAUGGCGGUGUACAACCCGUCCCGGCAGGAUCUCCACGCGAAUCUCACUGCUGUACCCUCCGUGCCCGGGACGAUUACAAUUCAAAACGUCUCGCCAGCCGUCAAACUUGUCACCAACUAUACGAAGAACUAUCAGCCGGCAGAGGACGUGUUGGUCCCUGCUAAGUCCACAGUGGUUGUGUCUUAUGUGCCCAUAAAACAUGAGAAGCGUGAAAAAGACGAAUAAAUCGUCAGCGUAAAACAAUUCGUUUGCAUUUUACAAUGAUUUUGCUUUUAUACAAUAUUUAAUCGUUAUCACAUAUAAAGUUGUUUACGAAAGUAAAAGUUGAAGCAUAAAA